GUGUGCCUCGCUGCUGCUUCAAAGCUUACCAUCUUCAAUUCACUCUAUCUUUCCAUCAAUUUUCUUUUUUCUUUCUUGUUUUCUAUCAGUUUCAUCGGUCUCGUUCUAGAUCUAUUGAUCCUUUCUUUGAUCUUCGCCCAGUCUCUCCAAUCUGGGCCCACCUAAGCCGUCUGAGCUUCUCUCACAGCUAUCGCCUCAUCCGUCUUGCGAUAGCAGAAUCCUCCAGAAAUGGUUGGACUUGCUUCGGCCGCUGGCCUGGUAGGCUUUCUGUCAGAGCCGGAUCCCGAGUUGCAGGUCUUUGCGUUGAAGACCCUUGAUUCGCAGAUCGAUCUACUUUGGACAGAAGUCGUCGACGCCGUCCCGCAAAUAGAAGCACUCUACGAAGAUGAGUCGUUCUCGGAACGCGGGCUCGCUGCUCUGGUAGCCGCCAAGGUGUAUUAUCAUCUCCAGGAAUACAAUGAAAGCAUGGUGUUCGCCCUUGGGGCUGGGAAACUGUUCAAGUUGGAUAACGGUGGCGAGUUCGAGGAAACGAUCAUCGCGAAAUGCGUCGAUACGUUCAUCUCCCUCUCCGCGGCCAAGCGACCCGCCGCGGGUGACCAGCCGGCGAAUCUGAAUACCGCUUUCCCGACCUCUGCGGAGGGAGCCACCAGCACUUCCGCGAGCCUGACCUCGCCCAUCACACCGUUUUCGCAAUCCGCCCUGCCGUCCAAGUCGCUCCUUUCUCGCCAGGAAACGCCUGGCUUGGAUGCGACCCAUCCGGGCGGUGAUGAUGCCAGCGUUAGUCAGGUGGAGACCCCCUUGGUUCUCAAGCGUGGUGUACAAGGUCAACUGCAGGCGGUCAUCGAGCGCUUGUUUGACCAGUGCUACCGGGAGAAGCGCUAUCGUCAGGUGAUCGGCAUCGCCAUCGAGGCGAAGAGCCUGGAAGUACUCCGGAGGACGAUCAUCCAGGCCAGCGAGGAUGAGAAGAAGCAGUCCGGUGAAUCCCGGGAGAGCGAGGAGCUCUUGGAGUACGUCCUGGACAUCUGCAUGGGUAUUGUGCAGGAGCGUGGCUUCCGCAAUGAAAUCCUCAAACUCAUCCUCGACCUUCUCAACGAGAUCCCCUCCCCCGACUUCUUUUCCAUCGCCAAGUGCGUCGUCUAUCUCAACGAGCACUCCAUGGCCUCCGCCAUCCUCCGCCAGCUGGUUGAAAAGGGCGACGCCCGCUCGCUCGCCGUGGCCUAUCAGAUCUCCUUCGAUCUGUACGACAACAGCACACAGGAGUUCUUGCAGAAGGUCCGUCAAGAGAUGGCCGAGCUCGUCCCCGACGAGCCGGAGAAGGAUAAGGAGGGACAGGCCGAUGCGGAAGAGCCCAAGGAGUCCGAUCGGCUGCUGGACGACCAAUCUCAGUCGAUUGGUGCCAACGACGAUGCGAAGGUGUUGCCCGAAGCCCGUACCGCGUUCAAGAACAUUCUCGAUAUCCUCGAUGGUCUCAAGUCGAUCCAGCUGAACCUGGAAUUCCUCUACCGAAACAACAAGGCCGACAUCAGCAUCCUGAACAAGGUUCGGGAUAGCUUAGAAGCCCGGAAUUCCAUCUUCCAUACGGCCGUGACGCUCUCCAAUGCCUUUAUGCAUGCCGGUACGACGCACGACAAGUUCUUCCGGGACAACCUGGAGUGGCUGGGCAAGGCUGUCAACUGGUCCAAGUUCACCGCGACUGCCGCGCUCGGUGUCAUCCACCGGGGCAACCUGAGCCAGGGCCAGAAGCUCUUGCAGCCGUACCUUCCCCGAGAGCACAUCGCGGGCGUGGGCGGCUCGGGCUCCGUCUACAGCCAGGGUGGUUCGCUGUACGCGUUUGGCCUGAUCUACGCCAACCACGGCGGCAUGGCCGUCGACCUCAUCCGUGACCACUUCAAGAAGGCUACGGAAGAGGUGGUGCAACACGGUGGUGCGCUGGGCCUCGGUGUGGCCGCUAUGGCCACGGACGACGAGGGCAUCUACGAGGAUCUACGCAACGUUCUGUACACGGAUUCGGCGCUCAACGGUGAGGCGGUCGGUCUCGCGAUGGGUCUGGUCAUGCUGGGCACCGGGAACAUGAAGGCCCUCGAGGACAUGAUCCAGUACGCCCACGACACGCAGCACGAGAAGAUCGUCCGUGGUCUGGCCAUGGGUAUGGCGUUGAUCAUGUACGGCCGCCAGGAGGCGGCCGAUGAGCUGAUCAACGGCCUCCUUGGUGACCCCGACCCGACCCUUCGUUACGGUGGUAUCAUGACGAUCGCUCUGGCCUACUGCGGCAGCAGCAACAACAAGGCCGUCCGCCGACUUCUGCACGUGGCCGUCAGCGACGUGAACGACGACGUCCGCCGGGUGGCCGUGCUCAGCUUGGGCUUCAUCCUGUUCCGGAAGCACCAGAGCGUGCCUCGGAUGGUCGAACUGCUCUCCGAGUCCUACAACCCGCACGUCCGAUACGGCGCCGCCAUGGCCCUCGGUAUCUCGUGUGCGGGCACGGGGCUGGAUGAGGCGAUCGACCUGCUGGAGCCGAUGCUCAAGGACUCUACGGACUUUGUGCGACAGGGCGCCCUGAUCUCGCUGGCCAUGGUCUUGGUCCAGCAGAACGAGGCCAUGAACCCGCGGGUCACCUCCCUCCGCAAGACCAUGAUGAAGAUGCUGGGCGACCGCCACGAGGACGCCAUGGCCAAGUUCGGCUGUGCCGUCGCCCUUGGCAUCAUCGACGCCGGUGGCCGGAAUUGCACCAUCAGCCUGCAGACCCAGACGGGCAACCUCAACAUGCCCGGUAUCGUCGGCGCCGCCGUCUUCGUGCAGUACUGGUACUGGUUCCCGCUCACGCACUUCCUGUCGCUCAGUUUCGCGCCGACGUCGGUGAUCGGGGUGGACCAGAAGCUGGAGGUGCCCUUCUUCAAGUUCCACUGCAACACGCGACAGAGCCUCUUCGACUACCCGCCGGAGCAGCAGGUGAAGACGGAGGAGGCGCCGGAGAAGGUCAAGACGGCCGUGCUGUCGACGACGGCACAGGCCAAGCGUCGGGCCCAGCGUCGGGAGAAGCAACAGCGACGGGAAAGCAUGGACGUUGACCAGACGCCCACGACCCCGAAGGUGUCGGAUCAGCUGGCGGAGCGCAUGGAUACCGAAGAGAGCGCGGUCAAGGAGGAGGACGAGGCCAAGGAGGCGGAGAAGGAGGCGGCAGAGGGCCAGAAGAAGAAGAUGGAGCGGGAGAAGGUGGGGUACGAGCUGGAGAACAUGUCCCGGGUGCUUCCCGCGCAGCUCAAGUAUCUCACCUUCCCGGAUCCACGAUACGAGCCAGUCAAGCGGCCGACGGGUGGAGUCGUGGUGGUUCUUGACAAGAACCCCGAGGAGUCCCGCGAGACGAUCGAGAUGAAGGCCAGCAAGGAGGCCAAGCAGCCCGCGGCGACCCCGGAGACGCUGCAGGAUCGCCUGCAGGCGGCCAUCGGGGCUGCGGCACUGCAGACGCCGCAGCGGGACUCGGGGCGCGACGCGUCGGCGGGCGCGGCAGCGGCAGCCGGAGUGCUGACGGCGGUGGAUGAGGAUGAAGAGGGCGACGAACCGGCGCCAGUGCCGGAGGAGUUUGAGUACGAGACGGAGACGGAGGACGAAUAA